AUGACCCGGCCACUGGAGCAGGCAGUAGCUGCCAUCGUGUGCACCUUCCAGGAAUAUGCAGGGCGCUGUGGGGACAAGUACAAGCUCUGUCAGUCGGAGCUUAAGGAGUUGCUGCAGAAGGAGAUGCCCACUUGGACCCCGACUGAGUUUCGAGAGUGUGAUUACAAUAAAUUCAUGAGUGUUUUGGACACCAACAAGGACUGCGAGGUGGAUUUUGCGGAGUACGUGCGCUCACUCGCCUGCCUCUGUCUCUACUGCCAUGAGUACUUCAAGGACUGCCGCCCAGAGCCCCCCUGUGCUGAGUAGCCUCCGCCCCAGAGCUGGUACUGGGCAUGUCUCCCGUGUUCUGCCUGUCCUCUCUCCUGUCACCCUUUCAAUCUGGAAUUGCCCAGGUUCACCCAUUUUACCCAUAAGGCUCCGAGACUUUCCCAGGGAUGCCCAGCUGGCGAGGGGUGG